UGUUAUGUAUAUAUACCGACGACAACUCCACUGCGAGAUUCAUCGCCAAAUCAUCGGCAUAAAGAAAUCCUCACCAAAUACUUUCUCUGACAAACGAAGAAAGAUGAGUUCGACAAGCAAAGCGUGGAUCGUGGCGGCGAGCGUCGGGGCAGUGGAGGCGCUGAAGGAUCAGGGAUUCUGUAGGUGGAACUACACCAUACGGUCGAUGCACCACCACGCCAAGGCCAAACUUGCCAGGUCCUUCUCCCCGGCCAGCAGCCUCUCUUCUUCUUCUUCUCCGGUGUCGUCGAGCAGCAGAUCAGUGAGGGGGGAGAAGGCCAACAAGCAAUCCGAGGAGGAGUCUCUGAGGAAGCUCAUGUACUUGACCUGCUGGGGUCCCUAUAAUUAAAUCAAACCCUAAAUCAUAAUCUCCCUCUCUCUCUACUCUGCUUUGGAGACUGUAGAUCGUAAUUUUACAGUGGAAGCCUUUAUAUAUAUAUGGAAGAGAAAUCAAUUUUUGGA